UGGUAAUGUUUUAAAGUUUAAAAAUCCAUGGCCAUAGAAAUAUUUCGCGGGAAAAGUUAUACAGUUUAACGCAUGCGCAUUGCCUUAGCUUCAUGUUGUCAAGUAUGGAGAACUACAAGAUUUUGGAGCAAAUUGGCAAAGGCGUCCAGUUCACACUUUACAAAGUGGAAAGCAAAAUAGAUGGCAAAAUCUAUGUCGUGAAAAAGGUUGAAUGCCAUGAUGAAAGUCAAGCAAAUUUAGCCUUUAGAGAAGCAGUUGCUUUACAAGCUUUAGACCAUCCUUACAUCUCAGGAUACAAAGAGUUCUUUGUCACAUGGGAGAAAGAGGAAUCUUCAAUGUACAUGGUCAUUGUUAUGGAGUAUUUCCCUAAAGGACACCUGGGUAAUGUUGUACAAAAUGCCAGAGAUAAGAAGCAACCUAUUCCUGAAGAGACAAUAAAGAAAUACAUUGGACAGCUUAUGGAAGCACUGGUAUAUUCACACAAUAAGAACAUACUGCACAGAGAUUUGAGAGUGUCCAAUGUGUAUUUGGUGGAGGAGCCACUGCUACAGGAAGACAUCCUGAUUCUGGGAGAUUUCACAGUGGCGUCAGUCAUGUGUGACACUAGGACCUGCACACGCAGAACCAACAAACUGACAAAUUACCUUGCCCCAGAGCUGACUGAAAAAGCUGCAGACUUCAGUGAAGCCACAGAUGUGUGGUCCCUGGGCUGUGUUCUCUUUGACCUGACCACUGCCUCCUUCCUGACGGAGGAAGAGGCCGUCGCCAGACUUGGGGAAGUCCGAGAGGACCCCUACAAACUGGAGGAAGUGUUCGAAGAUGUUGCCAAGAAUUACUCUGGAGACUUGAUCAAUUUGAUUAGAGCCUUGUUAAAGAGAAAUAACAGACCCACAGCAAAAGAUCUUGUUGAAAAAAAUUUAUAUGUGAAAAGCUGCAUUGAGAAAAGUGAUGCCUCACAGCUAGAAAAAAGAAAAAGGCAGAAGUCAGGAAAAAGAGUGAAAGGUCCUGUUCCAAAAGAGGGCAAUGUAUUAAAAGUGAUGGAAUACAUUGCAACAAUGGUGGACUUUGAGGAGUGUGUGGCAGAGGCUUUAGAGUACUUAGUGGAACUCUCCAAGCAAGACGAUAACUUCAACUUAGACAUCAAUGGAAAAAGAAUGAUUAAGGCAGCCAUGAGGAAUAAUCUUCCCGUAAAGGAAAUCCAGAUUGCUGGAUGUAACUUGUUCAACUGUCUCAUCAUAUCAGCUAACAAGGAUGAUGUAAUAUUCACAUCAGAAAUUAUAUCAGUCAUCCCCUUGGCAAUGGAGGAACACGAAGAUUGUGUUGAAUUACAACAGGUGGCUUGUACACUACUCAUGGCAAUAGCUGCACAAGAUUCUGCCGCCAGUAUAGCUGGUCUAUAUGGUGCUAUAGAGAGAGUCUUGUCGGCCCUAGAGAAACACAUCAGUAACCCAGAGCUCUGUUCCACAGCUUGUCACGCCCUCUGGAGCCUGGCUGUCAAUGAGAACAAUGUAAAGAUUGCCUCAGAUGUUGAUGCCAUGGACAAAGUGUGUAAAGCCCUCAAAAUGCACAUGAACUCAGCGGAAGUAGCCGAGGCUGCAUCAGCUGCACUGCUCUCCCUCACACUCAAUGACAAGAAUUUUGAUUUCAUUGGUGAUUUGGAAUGUGUGGCCCUACUUAUCAGUGCCAUUGACACUCACUGCAAGAAUGCCAAAGUGGUCAAGAAUGCCUGCCUGGCUCUGGCCAGUCUGGUGGAGCCUGAUGAGGAGAGUGCCUACAGAGUUCUGACAGAUGAGGCACCGGAUGGAGGUCACAUUGCUGGAAUUCCGAAGAUCAUCAAAGCUUAUGAACUGCAUAAGGAUAAUGCUGAAGUUGUAGCCAGCAUUGUUUCACUUGUGAUGGAGCUGGCAGAGUAUGAUGAUGUAAGGGCAGAAAUGAGGCAUUUGAAUGUGGGACCAGAUUUGCUUUCUGAAAUUUUCAAACGUUUCAGAGACAACAGGGACAUUAUGGGUCCUUGUGAGAAGGCUUUGGCAAAGUUACAGCAGUCUUCUUCGCCUCCCAAAAUAUCAGCAUAAUAAACUUACUAUAUGUGUUGUACUACAGACAAACCAAGUCUUGUGUCUGCUGGCACAUAGCAUUUGUAGAAACACCAGUAUUACAGACUGUGAUCUAACAUUGGAACGACUUCAGCUAGAGACAAAAAUGAUUCAUACUAAUGCAACAAAGUAAUUUUUAUUUUGUCUUGUUCAAGAAUAUAAUUAUAUAUAUAUUGAUCUAUUGUGAUGUUCACUGAGCUGUGAUAUGUCUGAAGAUUUUACAUUUGAUAUUUUAUUUAACAAUAUUAAGUGUUUUAUAUUUUGUACAUAAUAUGAUUGUUAUGGUUUAAUAAAUAAACUACGUUGUACAUUGAUAA